ACAAAGUGAGCUGCACACCAUAUAUGGAGAAACCCGUUUCUUAAAACUAGUGAUGAACUCAUGCUCUGUUCUGUUUUCUCAAAGCUGAAGUCGGCUAGCUUUGCAAAGCUGCGGGCUGAGCACUCAGGAAGGCAAUCACACUGUCAAAAACUGGGGCGGCUCUGCACUGCAGCCUCCCAAGGCUCCAUGCCAGACAAAGCAUGUGUGCCACACUUGCUACAAUAGCCUGGAUGGUUUCUUUUGUCUCCAGUUAUUCACACACAGCAAAUAUUUUGCCAGAUAUCGAAAAUGAAGAUUUCAUCAAAGACUGCGUUCGAAUCCAUAACAAGUUCCGAUCAGAGGUGAAACCAACAGCCAGUGAUAUGCUAUACAUGACUUGGGACCCAGCACUAGCCCAAAUUGCAAAAGCAUGGGCCAGAAAUUGCCAGUUUUCACAUAAUACACAGCUGAAGCCACCCCACAAGCUACACCCAAACUUCACUUCACUGGGAGAAAACAUCUGGACUGGGUCUGUGUCCCUCUUUUCUGUGUCUUCCGCCAUCACAAACUGGUAUGACGAAAUCCAGGACUACGACUUCAAGACUCGGAUAUGCAAAAAAGUCUGUGGCCACUACACUCAGGUUGUUUGGGCAGAUAGUUACAAAGUUGGCUGCGCAGUUCAAUUUUGCCCUAAAGUUUCUGGCUUUGAUGCUCUUUUCAAUGGAGCACAUUUUAUAUGCAACUACGGACCAGGAGGCAAUUACCCAACUUGGCCAUAUAAGAGAGGAGCCACCUGCAGUGCCUGCCCCAAUAAUGACAAGUGUUUGGACAAUCUCUGUGUUAACCAACAGCGAGAUCAAGUCAAACGUUACUACUCUGUUGUGCAUCCAGGCUGGCCCAUAUAUCCACGUAACAGAUAUACUUCUCUCUUUCUCAUUGUUAAUUCAGUAAUUCUGAUACUGUCUGUCAUAAUUACCAUUUUGGUACAGCACAAGUACCCUAAUUUAGUUCUUUUGGACUAAUACAAUCCAGGAAAGAAAAAACCCAAAUAUCAACCUUAUUCAAAUACGGCUUUUUUUUUAAACCAAUAACAGUGAAUAACAAUUAGGUGUAAUUCUAUUUUAAAACAUUUCAGAAAAAAGUGUAUGUUGCAGCCAUACUCUUACUCAAAAGAAGAAACUUCCUAACUAUCAGAUAAACUCAUCUUUACUUCCCACUUUUCUAUAAAUAAGCAUUGUUUACAGGUUGCCACAGGUGGACUUUCAGUAAGUAACUUAACCCAUGUUUCAGCUUCUAAAUCUGCAAAAUGAGCAAGGUACAGUAGCACUUUUUAAGGUGAUUCUUAGUAACUCCAGUAGCCAUUAUUACUUUUUAAAUAUCUGGUUUUCCCUGUUCUCUUGCAACCUGAUGUCUUUCUGGUUUACCACUUCCCCAGAUUCAGAACAGAGGAGUAACUAGGGGAUCUGAUUUUAGAGGCCUUAAUUUUCUGUUCAUGGACUGUUAAAAGUAAAACCAAAUUUUCAAAAGGGAUAAACCUAAAUAUUUGUUUGUUAUCAUUAAAGGGAGCAUCAAAUGCUAGGACAUCAUUAUAUCUGAAGACUAACCAAUGGCAUCAGACACUGGAUUUAAUGGAUAAUCACAAUGGUCGUAAUGUAUACAAAGACAAAUAUACCACUUUCUAGUACAAAAUUUUCAAAAAACACAAUAAUAUAAUAAUUUAUAAAGAACACUCUUCUAUGAACAACCACUACCAAAACAAAACCCUCAGAAAAUUUCUCACAAAUAAGGCAACUAAUGCCUGGUAUCUCAAAAUCCUUUACAAAAGGAGAUAGUUCUAGUCAAGGAGUUUGGGGUAUGUUACUUUUUUUUCUUCUUUUUCUUUUCAUCUGCCUCCAUCUUCAGUGCAAUUUCUUCAGCUGUAAGGGCUCCCAGUUUCUUAUUCUUUGCUUUCUUAACCUUUUCCUUGAUGCUGGCCACAUCAAUUUUAGUUUCAGUAGAAGCUAGACAAAUUAAAAGCACAAUACAUGUAACACUUUAGAUGUUACCAAGUAAAACAAAGAAUAUAUUUUAAAGCAGUAACUUCAGAGUCCUCUUAUAAUUGAAAAAUCACAGUAUAAAAUAUAAAAACACCUGCCUAAAGGAGUCAGAAAUUUAUUCAGACUAAUAAAACCAUAAAAUACUUUAAUACAUAAAAAUGGCAUGAUUGAUUGAACCAAUUACUGGAUUCAACUAUAUUAAGACUAUUUCCUUAAAUCCUACUUCAGACUAAAUUAUUUUACCUACAUUCUUUUCCAUAUUUUGGAACUUCUGAGUUCUCAUUAUUUUCCAUCUUGCACAUUAAAAUAAUUUACAUGUAUCCCUUCUCAGUAAGUUUAAUCAGCUAACCAUAAGCUACAGGUCAAAAUCUACUUCCUCUAAUACCAAAACAAAAACUUAAAGUUUUCCAAAUAUUAAUUCAAUGAAUGACUAAUAGUAUUCUAUUUAACAAGAGUUUGCUGUAUUUAACAACAUUUUGGUAAUAAAGACAAUUUGGGCGUAUUUGGAAGUUCCCCUAACAGGACCCAACUAUCUAAUCAAUGACAAAAGUAAGAGCAAAACAGAGAAAGGAAGCAGUGAAAAAGAAUGCAACUUUUUCUUACUAUUCAAAGUACAGUAUCACAGCAUAAAAGAAUCAUAAGAUAAAACAUCAUAAUGUACAAACUAUCCAGCAACCUGAGAAGCACAGAGCGUUAAAGCCUCCACCGUGUGAAGAAACUACAUUAGGUUAACUAGCUAUUGAGUACCUUCAAAGCACUCAACUGACAGGUUGUACAAACUGGAAAUUAUAAUACUUAUGACAUUUUUACCUUUCAUAUAACCAAUAAUCUACCACAGAAUACAGUAUUUUUAAAACUAUUAACAAGCAAUAUGUUAAAUAAUGUAUUAUAUCUGUUUGUUUCUGACCAAGUCUGUACAAUAUUGCUGGGGUGCCCUCUCCCCUCAGUGUCACUGUUCACUUUGGAGGGUUACUUUAGGAAGAGGACAACAAUAUUGCUGGGGUGCCCUCUCCCCUCAGUGUCACUAUUCACUUUGGAGGGUUACUUUAGGAAGAGGACAACAAUAUUGCUGGGGUGCCCUCUCCCCUCAGUGUCACUGUUCACUUUGGAGGGUUACUUUAGGAAGAGGACAAGUGUUACCACAGGGGGGAAAAAUGCAGAAGAGAGGAUGCAUCAGAAUGAGACUAGAAAUGUUAUGAGAAUGUUUUCUCUUAGCGUCUUUUAAAUACUAGGUUAGUGGGAAAGUGAUUGCAGUUUCUGCCAUUUAAAAACCACAAUCACUUUCACACUAAUAGCUCCUGAAUAAGACCUGUCAGUGUCCUUUAGUCCAAAGUGAUGAGAAAUCCAUGUUACCAAUAUAGAAGCCAAACUCUAAGCCAAAAUCACAGAAAGAGAAGAAAAAGUACAACUUCUGAUAAUUCCUCUUUGAGAGGCAUGAGAGCAGAGCUCAGAGAUCAUCUUCUUGCAUUUCCACAGAAGAUGUACUGGCUGCCCUGGGUUUGUAUCUUUCACAACAAAGAGUCUUUCCUAAGCACAGACCAGAGGUCAGGAGAGGACUGUCAAUCCAGUUCACACUGAAAUAGGCAUUAGCUGCCUCUAAAGUCCUUAGGAUCAGUAAUUAAUGAAAUGCUAAGAGAACUGAUGAAAACAUACGAUAAUUUCUUGAAGAGAUUCCGACAAAUUCACUAUGGGUUUACUUUUCAUAAUUAAUAAAGACUUUUACAUCACAGAAAGCAUUACCUUCCUUAGGUUUCACAAUUGGUUUUUCUUUAGGUGGAAUAAAUGCUUUGUUUCUUUCCUCUUGUUUCUUACUGAUGGCUUCUGCUUGUUUAGCCUACAUUAGUAAAUAAAAAAUACGUUAGUUAAAUGUA